AGGACAUCAGCUUUCCUCCGUCCUCACCUCUUCUCCCAUUCUCCCCAAUUAUUAAAUACUCCGUGGUUACGAUUAUUUGUGGUGUGAGCUCGAAUUGAUUUCACUUUGUCUUCACGACCCUCAGUAAUAAGGUUUUGUACCUGAUUGGGCCUUAUCAGUUCCUGUCAGCUGCCGGAAAUGGCAUCUUCUCAAGCUGCGGGUAGCUCCCCACCAGACGGUACAGGUGUUAUACAGCUGGACCCUUGGCUAGAACCCUUUCGGGAAGUUCUAAAGCAGAGGUUCAAUUUCAUCGAAGGUUGGGUCAAGACCAUCAAUGAGGCGGAAGGAGGCCUGGAGAAAUUUAGCAAGGGUUACGAGAGGUUCGGUCUCAACGUUCAACCCAACGGUGAGAUUGUCUAUAGAGAAUGGGCUCCAAAUGCCGUGGAGGCGCAACUAGUUGGAGACUUCAACAACUGGGAUGUUACGACCCACCCAAUGGCGAAGAACGAUUUUGGCGUCUGGGAGAUUACAGUGCCAGCAAAAGAUGGUGCUCCGGCUAUCCCCCAUGGUAGCAAGAUCAAGAUAACUAUGGUAACCCCCAGCGGAGAGCGAAUCUAUCGAAUCCCCGCGUGGAUCAAACGUGUGGUGCAAGAUCUGGAUGUGUCACCAACAUAUGAGUCGGUCUUCUGGAAUCCACCCAUCGAGAAACAGUAUAAGUUCCAGCAUACUCACCCGAAGAAGCCUGAAAGUCUUCGGAUUUAUGAGGCCCAUGUGGGAAUUUCAUCUCCCGAAACCAAGGUUGCGACAUACAAAGAGUUCACUGCUAACAUGCUCCCUCGAAUCAAAUAUCUGGGCUAUAAUGCAAUUCAGUUAAUGGCCAUCAUGGAGCAUGCCUACUACGCCAGCUUCGGAUACCAGGUCAAUAACUUCUUCGCAGCGAGCAGCCGCUACGGUACACCUGAAGAUUUGAAGGAGCUCGUUGACACGGCCCACAGUAUGGGUCUUGUAGUGCUUCUCGAUGUUGUUCACAGUCAUGCAUCAAAGAACGUGCUUGACGGAUUGAACAUGUUUGACGGCACGGACCACCUGUACUUCCAUGGUGGUGGAAAAGGUCGACAUGAGCUGUGGGACAGUCGAUUGUUUAACUACGGUAAUCAUGAAGUUCUGCGCUUUCUUCUAAGCAACUUGCGCUUUUGGAUGGACGAGUAUGGCUUUGACGGUUUCCGCUUUGAUGGUGUCACAAGUAUGCUUUACACUCAUCAUGGAAUCGGAACGGGCUUUUCUGGAGGAUACCAUGAGUACUUCGGUUCUUCUGUUGACGAAGAAGGUGUGAUGUAUCUGGCACUCGCCAACGAAAUGCUGCAUAACCUCUAUCCCGAUUGUAUUACAGUGGCGGAAGAUGUCUCUGGGAUGCCAGCCCUCUGUCUACCGCACUCCAUCGGCGGCGUAGGCUUUGACUACCGCCUUGCCAUGGCCAUCCCAGACAUGUACAUCAAGCUCUUGAAAGAGAAGGAAGACGAUGAGUGGGACAUAGGAAACUUGUCCUUCACAUUGACAAACAGGCGCCAUGGCGAGAAGACGAUCGCCUACGCAGAAAGCCACGAUCAAGCGCUUGUGGGUGACAAAACACUCAUGAUGUGGCUAUGCGAUAAAGAAAUGUACACUCAUAUGUCCGUCCUAACCGAGUUCACCCCUGUCAUCGAACGAGGCAUGGCCUUGCACAAGAUGAUCCGACUAGUCACCCAUAGUCUCGGAGGUGAGGGUUACCUCAACUUUGAAGGCAACGAGUUCGGUCACCCAGAGUGGCUCGACUUCCCCCGAGAAGGAAAUAACAACUCCUUCUGGUAUGCACGACGCCAGCUGAACCUAACCGAGGACCAUCUCCUGCGAUACAAAUUCCUCAACGAAUUUGACCGCGCCGUUCAAUUGACCGAGGAGAAAUAUGGUUGGUUGCAUUCACCACAGGCAUACAUCAGCCUCAAGAAUGAAACCGACAAAGUUCUCGUCUUUGAGCGUGCAGGGCUUCUUUGGAUUUUCAACUUUCACCCAACCAACAGCUUCACCGAUUACCGCGUUGGUGUCGAGAAGGCAGGCACGUACCGUAUUGUACUCGACACCGAUGAUCCAGCAUUCGGUGGGCUAAAGCGCAAUAUUAAGGAGACUCGAUUCUUCACUACUGAUUUCGCAUGGAAUGGCCGGAGUAACUUUCUUCAAGUCUACAUCCCCACCAGGACCGCGCUGGUCCUAGCAUUAGAGGAAACACUGUAAUACCCCUGUAUCUUUGGGGCAUUUGCGAGUACACCUUUCGCUCUAGUAAAUCUAGUAAAGCUACCAUCCACAACAGCAGUUGCUCGCCUGUCUCUUCCUAGCUUCAUAGUUCUUGAUUAAGAUCAUUUGCCUGUCCUUAGAAAUCAGUCUUUAGAACUCAGUCCUUAUAUAGUCAUCUCCAAGACUUGGGCAUUACAAUACUAAUCCUUCGUAUCAGGAAACUUAUAAUGUCAAUCGAACUGUAAAUAGAGGAUCAUCACCCAUCGCAUAUGUACCAG